AGGCAUUGCAAAAAGAUAUUGUUGAAUAUAUGAUGUGUUCAAAUGAGCCAACAGUGGCAAAUGCGAUGGCCGAUGAUGAAAUCAUUGGCUCUGUUUUGAACUCGUCAUAGCAAGAAAACUAUUCCAACACCAACACAGAUGGUGAUAGGAAUGAGAAAAUAUCUUUUAAUGAGGGUUUGGAAUGUGGUGAAAAAUACCUAAAGUUUUUAAAACAGCUGUGUCAUAGAACAAGAGAUUCUGACUCUAUAUAAUUUACAAAAAGAACUUGCUCUGAAGCACCCUAAAGUUUUAAAACAAACUUCUACCAGAAAAAUGGAUAAAACAUGUGGAUUUUAUAACCAAAGUGCAGAGAGGAAAAGGGAACUACGAGCAAGUUGCAAAAUACUUGGCAUUCCUGCUGGGAAUCUUGUUAUAAUUGAAGAUAGCAAACUUCCUGAUGAUCCCAAAAAAUUUUGGGAUAAGAAAAGAGUUGCUGUUAUAAUACUCAAAUAUGUGCAACAGUUAUCAGCAAAUGUAGUAAUAUCAUUUGACGAAGGUGGUGUUAGUGGUCAUUUAAACCAUAUUGCAAUACAUCAUGGAUUGAAAUAUUUGACUUUGAAAAAGCUCUUACCUCCAGGUUGUGAAGUUCUUCAACUAAAAUCUGUUUCUUUGAUACAAAAAUAUAUUGGCUUGUUUGGAGUGCCUUUGUGUUGUCUUCGUGAGAAUAUAUACUAUGUAUCAAAGUAUAAUGACAUUAGAACUGCACAGAAAUCCAUGAAAGCUCAUCAGUCUCAGUACGUAUGGUUUAGGAAACUAUACAUAUUGUUUUCAAGAUAUUUAUAUGUAAACACUUUUGAAGAAAUGAUGUUCAACAAAUGAGAUUAAGAUUUAAAUUAAAAAUGUCACAUCAAUUUUGUUUAAACAAGAAUAUUGGUGUUUUGUAUUCUUUAAUCAUUGAAAUAAAAUUAAAUUACUCAAUUUCAAUAAA